GCCACCGAUACUCUCGCAUCAAGCAAUCCUUUGUUUUACAAUUAACGUUGACCUCGGUGCGAUAACGCUGAACCGAUAUCCGGCGCGCGCGCCAAUACCUCACUGUGCCGUUUUGCAUUAUGUAAAGCUUGUGACGCUAAGAAAAAAUAACGAAGAGAAGAAUCUUUUGCGGUGGUACGUAAUGAAUAUCGCGUGUGCGCUUCAAGGUUAGAGAAAAAAGGAAAUGGAAAUGGUGCGUCAAUUUUGAAGAAGAGAAUAGUAAAUCGAAGGAUUGUGUAUUAAAAUUGGGGAAAAUGAAGUAUGGUGAUACAUGUAUAUACAGUUACUCUAAAAAAUAUUUGGACACUGAAUACGAGAAAAUCUGAAGGAGGACGUGUUGAAUGUUAUGUACAAAUAUUGAGACUUACGGAAAAAGAAGAAAUUCUGCGAGUAUACGAUAAAUUGAGGGAAAUUCUAUCGCGUUCAAAAUGUGGAAUAUAUUGAAAGAGUUUUUGGAACAGUACUUUCUGCUGGGGCUGUUCGUGGGUAUUUUGUACUGCUUUCUCACUUCUACCUACGAUUUUUGGGAGAAGCGUGGCGUGCCCUUUCGGAAGCCCACAAUACUGUUCGGAAACUUCGCUCCCAUGCUAUUGUUCCGGAAAUCCCUACCGGAAGGUAUAAUGGAGAUGUACGAGUGGUUCAAAGACGACAGGUAUUUUGGUGCAUUCCGUGUUAGAUCGCCAGUGCUGAUUUUGCGGGAUCCAGACCUCGUCAAGAACAUUUGUGUGAAAAAUUUUGCUUGCUUCUCGAAUCGUGGAAUACCGGUGAACUCACAGGACCCAUUGUCCGCUCACCUGUUCAAUCUAGAGGGUAAGAAAUGGAAGAGCCUGCGAUCGAAACUGACCCCAGCCUUCUCGUCGGGCAAAUUGAAAAGGAUGUUCUACCUUCUGGUGGAGUGCGGCGAAGAAUUUCAAAAAUUAAUCGACACGUCCUCCGAGACCGAUCGGCCAUUCGAGAUUCGCGAGUUGGCGGCGAAAUUUACGAUAGACGUCAUUGGUAGCUGUGCUUUCGGCAUACAAAUAAAUGCUCUCACCGACGAGGAAUCCGAGUUUCACAAGGCGGCGAAAAAGUUCUCCAUGCCGAGUUACAAGGCGACCCUUUGGCGGAUGCUGAGAACCGCCAUGCCGAAAUUGUACAAAUUUCUCGGGGUUCAGGUGAUCGAUCCAGGUGUGACAAAAUUUUUCAAGGACGUUGUAUUGCAGAUGAUCAACCAGCGCGAGGAACGCGGUAUUAAGAGGCACGAUUUCAUGGACUUGUUAAUUGAAUUGAAAAAUAAAGGUACCCUGGAGAACGAGUCGGGUAACGGGCAGGUCUGUAACGACGAGGACGCAGAGGCAACCGAGGAAAUAGAAUUGGACGAGAACAGCAUUGCGGCCCAGGCGUUUGUGUUUUUCGCCGCUGGCUACGAAACGUCGUCGAACACCAUUGCAUUUUGCCUUCACGAGCUCGCGUUGAAUGCGGAGAUCCAGGAGAAAACUAGACGCGACAUAGAGGACGCGAUCGACAGCAGAAAUGGCAAAUUGACUUACGACGGUGUGCAAGACAUGAAGUAUCUCGAUAUGGUGAUUGCAGAAACACUUCGCAAGUACCCUCCAGCGUCACUGUUAUCUCGAAGAUGCGAGUACCAAUACCAAAUACCGGGUAGUAAGGUCGAAUUACCAGCAGGCAUGCGGGUAAUUAUACCGAUUUACGGGCUUCACCAUGAUCCAGAUUAUUAUCCAAAUCCUGCGACAUUCGAUCCCGAGAGAUUUACGGAAGAGAAUAAACAAACCAGGCACCCGUAUACGUAUCUUCCAUUUGGCGAAGGACCACGAAAUUGCAUAGGCAUGCGAUUCGCACUGUUGCAAAUCAAAGUGGGGAUAAUAUCGUUCUUAAGAAAACAUCGUGUGGAAGUAUGCGAGAAAACAAUUAUACCGAUCAAAUUUAGCAGACGAAGCCUCGUGACCACGAGUGAGAAAGGAUUCUGGCUGAGGAUCGUACAAUGUCCUUGA